CAUCUGCUUCCGGUUGACUCCGUGCGGAGGAAGUUGUAAACCCCAGAAAAAGGCACGUUGUACUUCCUUUUCACAUCAAACUCCAUUUGGCGUCAAACGCAUAACGUUGAUCACCGUAACUCCCAGAUCAACGCCACGAUGUCCGGAGGCUUAGAUGUGCUUACCCUCAAAGAGGAGGAUGUUACUAAAUUCUUGGCUUGUAGCACCCACCUUGGGGCAAACAAUACUGACUUCCAAAUGGAGCAGUAUGUCUUUAAACGCAAGGCUGAUGGUGUUCACAUCGUCAACUUGAGGCGGACCUGGGAAAAGCUGCUCUUGGCAGCCCGUGCCAUCGCUGCUAUUGAGAACCCAGCAGAUGUCUGUGUGAUUUCUGCCAGGCCCUACGGUCAAAGAGCUGUUCUUAAGUUUGCUUCUGCCACUGGAGCUACACCAAUUGCUGGUAGAUUCACACCUGGAACUUUCACCAAUCAGAUCCAGGCUGCUUUCCGAGAGCCCCGUCUCCUGGUAGUGACUGAUCCACGAACUGACCACCAGCCAGUAACUGAGGCAUCCUAUGUCAACAUCCCAGUCAUUGCACUGUGUAACACUGACUCUCCACUCAGACAUGUGGAUAUUGCCAUCCCUUGUAACAACAAGGGACCCCAGUCUAUUGGUCUUAUGUGGUGGCUGUUGGCCCGUGAGGUUCUGAGACUGCGAGGCACCAUCAGCCGUGAACACCCGUGGGAAGUCAUGGUCGACUUGUAUUUCUACAGGGAUCCAGAGGAGGCCGAAAAGGAGGAACAGGCUGUGGAGAAGGCCCCAGCUGCCAAGGAUGAGCAAGAACAGUGGAUUGAGACCCAGGUGCCGAUGCCUGCCCAGCCAGAGAGCAUCAACGAUUGGGCUGCUGAGGCUAUACCUGUAACUGCACCUGCUUCUGCACCUGCUUUCGGCACCACUGAGGAUUGGUCUGCUGCUACCACCCAGGACUGGUCAGCUGCUGCUCCAGGUGGUCCUGCUGCCGCCGCUGCCACCACCACUGGAGCCGCUGUUGUUGCUUCGGCCAAACCCCCUGGUACCAUGGAUGAAUGGGGAGGUACUGCCGCUGACAACUGGGGAUAAGCACCUGCCAAAGUGUACUAGGAGUCCACUCAGGUCAACAAAAGUGGGUUUGCUACAGACACUGAAAACAAAAAUGUUCUCAAAUAGAAGAAACACAAAAAUAAAUUUGUGAAGAAUCAU